UUUGACCUAGAUUUCACUGCUGUAUCUCUGUGGACGCAUUUGAGUUGGGCUUUCAUUGUAUGUGUGCAAAGAUAGGCUAGCCUUAGGUAGUUCACGUCGAUAUGGAAAAGGACGCCGCUUAUAUAGCGUUUGGCCUGCUCGCAGCGUCAGCAGCCAAGUUUCUGCUGUCGGCAUGGAUACGGAACAAAAGACUCGAGAGAUUUGUGAGGAUCGGGAUGGUAUCCGAUCUGGUCUAUUACCCUGUUAAGUCCUGCCAGGGGAUACCACUAGAGUCGGGCACUCUUCUUCCGCUUGGACUCUACAAAGACGGAAUGGCGGACAGAAACUGGAUGUUUACUCGCCCUGAUGGUUCAUUCCUUAGCCAACGCCAGUGUCCCAAGAUGGCGCUGAUCAAAGUCAGUAGUCAUGACGACAUGAUCCAUCUUGAUGCCCCAGGGAUGCCAACUUUACAGUUACCAAAAUGUCCAAAGGUCGAUCCAAGACGAUUUAUUGCCUGCAGGGUGUGGGGUCUACCAAUACCAGGGAUGGACUGUGGUGAGGAGGCUAACCAGUGGGCUUGUGACUUCCUCGGACAAGAAAACUUACAUGUGGUAUUCUCAGCACCUAGUAUGAAGAAAAAAAUCAUUUCAGAUGAAUGUCUCAACCCAUGGACAGAUCUAGUGCGCCCAGAGGAUGAGAGCAUCUUUUCUGACUUGACAUCUUACUUGGUAGCCACUGAUAAAUCUCUUGAAGCUGUCAACAAACGUUUAGACAAGCCCGUCUCCAUGAGGAACUUUCGACCAAAUAUUGUGGUAGAUACCACAAUGGAGGCAUUUGAUGAGGACUUGUGGGGUGAGCUCAUGUUUGGGGACAAUGUAUACAUGAGGUGUUUGCACCCCUGCCCUAGGUGUAUACUGCCAACAGUUGAUCCAGACACAGGAAAGAAAGAUUCAGCCCUGGAACCUUACAAAACACUGGAGAAAUUCCGAUGUAAACCAGGUUAUGGUGAAGCUCCUUUCUUCGGAAUCAAUGCUGCAGUAGAUUUUCCAGCAGACAUACGUGUUGGGGAUCCUGUGUACGCCAGGUACAGGACAAACUAGUCCAAAAUAUGAACCCAUUUUACUGGACUUCUACAGUGGGACGUUAUUUAUCUGGACAUUUUGUGUGAAUCGGUGAUGGAUUUUGAAAUCUCCAAAGCAUUAUGAAGAAGUGUCAUGCAAAACGAAAAUAAAUGGCUUUCCAGUUGGUUAUUUUAAGUGAUGAAAUUACUUUAUCAAGAUGUUUCAGGAAAACCUUAGCCAGACAUGGUUUUAACCUAGACCUGGGUCAUGUUAAUGAAGUACAUAUCUUAACAGUUCCAAUGUUUUAUAUCUUUGUUGUUAGAAUGGAUAUUUACAUAGAACAUUGUAUUUAAAUAUCGAGGCAUUUAUAUAGUUCGUAUUGCAGGCCAGUCAAAGCUGCUUUCAAAUAUCGUCUAACUUCACAGAAAUGAUACAAUUUACUUGGCAAUUUUUACAAUUUCUUUUGAUACAGCACCCAGAACAUAAAGUUAAGCCUACAUAUAUAAUUAUUAUUUUACCAUUAAUUUAUGAUAUACAUUGUGCUGUGAAGAUGCUUAAAAUAAUGGUCACAGCUUUGCUGGUAAACAGCACUUGGCAUGCUAGCACAUUAUGUGUAAAUGCCAUAUAAACACAGUUUACAUUUUCCCUUUAAUACCAUACAAAUCAAAAUUUGUCUAAUUAAAUUCAGCAUAUACAUGUAGUUCAGAUUAAUGCAUGCAUGCUUGUUUAUGUUUUUCAUUGAAUAGAAUAACCAUCUCCCAUGAUCUAACCUUAUAAUAAUGAGACCAUGAUAAUGAUGAAGUCAGCAUGCGGACUAUAGCAUUUACAGUAACAUGAAUGCCACCCACACUUGGUAGGGGUAUAUAUUGGUAGUGCAACAGGGUGGACAAUUUAUACCAUAUAGUGAGGAUAUCAAAGUUACAACUUUUAUGUAUAUUUCAUAAUUCAAGUGAAAUCGGAUAUGAAAGAUGUGAAGAUGAAUCUGAUUGCAUUUCAUAGGUGUAUGAUAUUUGUGUAAUUUUUUGUUUCAUUUUGUUACUUUAUUUCAAGCUAUUCAUAUUGUGAACAUGUUGUGAGCUGAAAUAUUUUUUACACAUUACAUCAGGAACUACACAAUUCACUAAUGAUCUGUUAUGGUGCUUGUAUAUGUAUAUUUUUUGAGGUUUACAAUAAGUAUAUUGUUGUUAUACCUGUUUCUGUACAGGUAUAAGAGUCUCCAUGUCAACAUGAUAGUACCAGGCUUUUGACUAUUGCAACAUGAACAGCUGCUUUUUAAGGUUAUUUAUGUGUUGUGAUUUCAGGUAUCCUUAGUAACCAUAGAUAUUACCUCAAGGUGCUGGACAGAGUGGAACACUCUAACUAGAUAUUGGCUGAUUUUUGUUGCUGAUGUAUUUUAUCAGUUCAUUAAAGCAUUGAAGAUAGCACACAUAUAAGAGUGCAUUAUUUUGAUAAUGGAAAUACAGCAUUAAUCAGGGUUUCCUGAUGUCUAUUCUAGGUUAAUAAAUAACCAGAU